AAGAUGGCCGCGUAUCGAUACGUACCACCUGAUGAAUUCACUCCUGAGACGCGUGUGAACUGGAUCAGUCUUGGCAAGGUAACAAAAUGGACGCAGGAAGAGGAAGGAAUCGUAGACAAGUUUACUCUCUUUCUGGAUGGCAACCUCAAAAUCUACAUCUACCUGUUAUCUCAUUCAACCUUUCGGGUACGCUUCAAUCCUGAUCCCCAAGCUCCGUACGUAAAAAGUCGUUCCCCGGCGACUGUGGUGGAGCGGAUCGAGGCGCAUAAGAUCAAAGUAAAGGAGGAGGGAGGGUAUCUAAAGAUAGGUACUGAUUUCAUUGAGGUGAGUAUCAAUUAGAAAUGACCAAUCAGAAUAGUUUUCUAGAAAACUGCUCACUAUAAUACUUUACACUCCCCAGAUAAGGAUUUUUUAUUCACUCCUACUCCUGUUUUGCUAUGUCGCAGUACCCAUACUCCCUUCGGACACUCAGGGCCUGUUUAAGCCAUGACUAUUUCAUUAAAUAUGCAUAUUAUGUUAAAUGAUAUUUAGAACGGUUUGCUUCCGUCAGUGAUCCUAAAAAGUGAACUACAUAUGCGGCUGAACGAAAAAAACACGUGAAACAUGAUUUCAAAUAACACGUGACAUUGCUUCGUCAAUGACGUCACAAAACACGUUUUCUUAAAAUGGGAAGGGUUGCAAAUCUUAAUCUUAGGAAUUUUCACCACCAAAAUGUUACAUAGACAGUGUAAGUCCAAAAUUCGCUUUGUAUGAUUGGAAAUGUUAUUUAUCCUAUUAGCUAUUUAACUAAUUAAUAAGUCACGUGACCCUUCCUAUGUAACGUAAAAACACAUACAAGGCGAAUUUUUAAAAACCUUUUUAGUAGCCUCUGAAAUGUGCCUAAAAGAACUUGUUGCUCUUUCAUUAUCCUUUCCCCAUUUUACAGUAAAUAUUUUGACCGUUAAUUCUAAAUUAUCAGUCACGUGACGAAAAUUUAAGCUUCUAAAAGGCACUCAUAUUGCUGAGGCCAUUAAGCUACAUUUGUAGUUCAAUUUUCAGUAUCACUGAUAGAAACAAACCGUUUUAAAUAGCAUUUUAUCAAAAUAUGCAUAUUUGAUUAGAUAGUCAGGCCUGAGCAGUUACUAUUUUCCGUCAAGAUUGCCCAUUUCAAACUUAUGGACAUUUAGGGCUGAAAUGUAAUCAUUGGCCAACAAUUCCCUGCAGCCUCUCUUAAAGGAAAUCAAGACUUUUUUCUGGUACACUAACUGCAUAUUUUAACUGGUAGUGUAUUCCUUUAUAGUGUAUAUUCACGGGACCUAAAAUGCUGCCUCCUCUGAGGCGAAAUCCCUGAGGGGCAAUUUAAGGUGCUGGGCAGAGUUUAACUGGGUUCUAGAAAACCUCAGAGCUCGCAUAUCAUGUGACCCCAUUAAACAAUUUUGACUCACCAGCUUAAGAAAAACUUUUCCUAAUCCGAUUUCCCCAAUAGAUAUGUGUGAAUUUGAAGAAGUACGCUUUGUCGGUGUAUCGCUCUGGACAGCUGAUCCACGCUGACCCCUCUGAUUACAAUCUUGUCUAUGUUGACCGCAAAGAUGGAGGUGAAGCCGUAGCCCAGUUCAAGAUGGCGCCAACUAACGCUCAGUAUUACGGUUUCGGAGAAAAGGCUGGUGCUACGGUUGAUAAGCGCCGUGUACCUAAACAGCACUUUUUUGGUCAACUUGCGGGUGGAAGUCACAAGAUCGGUGCUGCCAUGACGUUCUUUAACUUUGAUAACUUUGGCUACACGGCUCCUGAUCUAACACCAGAGGGGGAGGUACAAGGCCCUUUAAAUCCAAAUUCUCCAUUGUACCAGUCCUCGCCGUUCCUUAUUGAGUGGAACCCAAGCCCCGAUGGCGCGUUCGCCGGACCUUGUUACGCUUACGGCAUUUUGAUUGACAACACUUCGCAGACCUUCGUAAACUUCCGGCAGGGCGACCAGUACUACUUCGGUGCGCUUCACGGUGAACUUGAUUACUACUUCUUUGCUGCUAACCACGUUGCAGAGGUGCUGAACGAGUUUACUCAGUUGACCGGACGCACCCAACUGAAGCCAAAGUACAUUUUUGGAUACCAUCAGGGAGGAUAUGGUCCCAGCUACAAUACCAAAUGGAAGCUAAUGGAGGUCGCGCUUAAGUACCGUCAGUGGAUGAUUCCUAUCGAUGGCCUGCAUGUUGAUGUCGACAUUCAGGUGAGAACCAUGCAUGUAUCGGUGUUGGAACUCAGGGUUAAAAGAUAAAAGGAAAGUGUAGUUUUCGUUUGACGCUUAUUAGAUUUCUCUAGUUAUACAAUAUCCGAAAAAUAAAAUAAUUUAUAAUUACUACACUUGUAUACUUCAGCACGGUAUUUACCCAUCAGCAGCUAGUGUAAAAUAAGUACAAUUUCUCAUGGGGUCCGCGAAAAUAAAUGUCAAUUUUCGCAAGAAUUGUGAAAACACAGGUAAAAUUCUACAAAUUUCAUGUGUAAUAUAAGAUGUCAUUUUGUUAAAUUGGACAUUUAUUUUCAUGCACUUGCAUAAGAAAUUUCCUUUGGUGUUAUUACAGACAACUAAUUACACCCAUAGCCCUUGAAAAAUGUAAAAGAGAUGGCGUUAUUGUUUAAAUUACUCUGAAAAUUAAAAUUACUUAAUUUGCUGAUGGAUUCCUUCUUAACACAUUUGACUUCGGAUUUGUCUCUCCGGGCUCAAGCUUUGCCAUCGCGUUCUUUCCUUAGACAAGAAACUUUUCCUUAAUUUGUCUCUCUGCAUAGAAUGGGUACUAACACGUUUUGCUGACUAGAGCUUAAACCCCGUGGUAGUCUAGCAUCUCGCCCAGAGUGGAGUAAUAAUAAUUCUAGGUGCUUCAUGUGGCUGAGACCGUGAUAAGCUCUGCGUAUUGGCAUGCCCACAAAUCUCCCCUUCACCUUUUGCAUUAUGACGUACUCUUCCCUACUUUCAGGACAAUUAUCGCACAUUUACACAUAGCAAAACCAAGUUCCCAAACCCCAAAGAAAUGUUCAACGCCUUGCAUGAUUGGGGCUUCAAAUGCAGUACCAACAUCACACCAAUCAUCAGCUGUAACAAGGAUGAAAAUGGAGAGUACAGCCCAUACAAAGCUUUAGACACUGGCAAAGCAAACGACAUCUUUGUAAUGAACAUCCGCGAGGACGGUAGCGGUAGCGCAGAGCACUUUAUCGGUAAUGUGAAUUAUGGGCGUGGAAUGUUGACUUGGGGCCACUAUCCCGAUCUGGGACGGGCGGACGCACAGAAGUGGUGGGGAGAGCAGUACCGCGAUCUUUUGGAUUGGGGUUUGGAUUUUGUGUGGCAAGACAUGACAACUCCAGCCAUGAAAGCCAGUAUUCAUCAGCCUGACUGUCCACUUUUGUCUUUUCCUAUGGAUAUAAUGAUUAGUGAUAACGAGGAGACCAGGUACAUUCUACGACGUUUAAAUGUAAAUCAAAUGAGAAUUGUUAUAUUCCUAGACUUUCACUCAACUAAACAGGGAUUACCAUUGUUGAUUCUUGGUCACGUGGCCUUGACUCAAAUCAAUGUCAGUGUUCUCCUUAUAAGGCGGUAACCGUUAAAAUUUACCGUCUGAAGCAACACUUCUUACCGCCUGCAACCACUUGAAGGUUUACUAAAAUUAAAUAAAUUGUUUUAAAAAAUACCUAAGUUAUGAUCUGAUCCGAUUUUUUUUUUUUUUUUUUUUUUUUUUUUUGCCUUACCGGCCAUGAAUGGUCCCUAACCUACUGAGCUAAAAUUUAGGGAGAACACUGAAUGUAUCCCGAUCAUGAUACAUUAAGCAAUGUACCCUGCUCGGGAUACAUUACAGCACGUGGUCAAAGCAUGGUGGAAAGAGGCGUGACAGAAGGCGGGAAAAACACUGCCAGUUUUCUUUUUCGUGAACACAACAACACAAACACGAAGCCUCAAGCUAAAAAGCAACGAUUUUUAAAGUUAUCCCAGAAGAGAAACAGCAGCUAGUGGAGGAAAAAGAUGCCGAUAAUAUAAGGAAAGUACUUUGUAAAUCAUUCAUUCAGUGGUUUUAAGAAUUAGAUUUGUGUUGUUAUAAGUACCGAGUCGACUGCUUUGGUUCACUCCGGUUAUUCUUUUGUUGCUGUUGAAGUGAAAGGCUAGAUAUAUAACAAAACACUUAAUGUCAGGUCCCUCGGGGAACCAGUUAGUUUUGUUUUCCCUCGAGUCCUGAUGUUUCCCGAGACGAAGUCGAGGGAAACAUCAGAACUCUCGAGAAAACAAAACUAACUGUUUCCCUCGGGAUCUGACAUUAAGUGCAUAGUAUUAAACAUUGAAAAUCUUAGUGACUAUAGAUAGGUGUGAAAAAAUAUAGGUUGAAUGGUACACUAUUCGAGUAUUUUCGCUUCAGUCUAUACCAGUAACGAAAUAAGGGAUUUGACGACCCAGAAAAUAAACUUUGUAAACUUGCGGAAAUUGACCAUUGUGCAGCCCCCGGCAACUUUGGUAAACAGAUUGAGUACAAAACUUUCUAGUAAAAUAAAAAGGGAGAAACGGGGAAAGAAGAUUUUUCCAAACCACGGAACCACUUUUUCAUAGCAAAUUCACCAUCUACGUACAGAGGGCCGAGCUACAGUAUUUUAGUCAAAUCCAGCUAGUGGUCUAUUAUCAAUGCUGCGUUCUGAUUGGUUGAGCUACCACUAGGCUAUAUGUUAUAGCCCACUAGUAGCGAAAAGCGCCGGCUUUGGAAACCAAAAUAAUGCUGGCUGAAUAGCGUUUUGCUAGCUAAAGUUGUUUUGUCUCGGAUAUUUUUGACCAACUAGUUGGAUUUUACUAAAACAAUUAUUCCUCUCGCCCUCAUGGCCUCUGAGUCAAUACUCAGAGCCCAUUCGAGGUUGAGGAAUAAUUGUUAAAUAUACCAGAACACUGAAGUGCUAUUUAUUGCAAUCCCAUCGUCCAUUUAGGUACGCGAAGCAAAGCACGCAUCAUGACAAGAAGCCGUUCGCUAAGAUUCGCUGUCUCUAUAACUACAACCUCUGUAAAGCGACGUAUCAAGGACUGCAACGUAUCCAGCCAAACAAACGGCAUUUUAUCAUCGCACGAGGGGGAUUUGUUGGUGUUCACCGCUAUGCAGGACUUUGGACAGGUUCAGUUAUCCUUCAAUUCCUUUUUACUCGCUAAGAGGAAGUUAUGAGGGUAGUAUUGCACAGUUAUUACCUGAAUUCUUUGUUCAAUGCACAGUUCGCUCGAGAUUUAGGAACAAAGUAAAGUGUAUCGCUGAUUCUUUUAAAAAGUGGCCCCUAAAUAACUCGAACUUGGCCAUAGCCAUUAUCAUCAUCAUCAUUAUCAUCAUCAUUAUUAUCAUCAACAUUUUUUCUUUUUCUUCUUCUUCGACAUCUUCCUCUUCUUAUUACAUAGUUUAACAGAUUAAUAGUGUACUCUUCUCACAUUUCUUAUCUAUGCUUUCAGGUGACAGUACCUCUAACUGGCAGUUUAUUCAGAUGAACAUUCCUCUCAUCCUCGGUAUCGGACUUUCUGCUCAGCCAGUAUCUGGCUGCGACAUUGGUGGUUUUUGCGCAGCUUGGCAGGUAAGUGCUUAACCAGACCCAGAGACAGCUAAUAAGGAUCAAUAUUCACCAGCGAGAUUAUUUUCUUUUAAUUGGCUAAAUAACUUUUAACUUGGGGGAGCCACAAGUAUAGUUUUGGCAACCGCCAGAUUCGUGGCUUCAAAGUAGCAAUACUGGUUUUCAUGCAAAUUGCAAUUGGUACGUUUGGCUAUAGCCGUUAGCCGGGGCACUAUAUCAGAUGUACUGUCGAAAGCCAAAUAUUGAACAGCUUGUUUGCACAAGUAUAGGCUCCCACAGCGUCUUAUUAUUUUUUUCUUAUCAGGGCCAGAUUGUUGAUCCCGAAAUGCUUGCGCGUUGGACUAUCAUGGGAGCAUUCCUGCCAUGGUUCCGCAAUCAUUAUGAUAACUACUACAAGCCGUACCAGGAGCCGUACAUGUACGCGGAGCCCGUCCCUAGCAUUUGCCGCAAGUACAUUGAGAUGCGUUACCAGUUAAUUCAGUAUAUCUACGACGCUAUGUACGAGAAUACGCAGACUGGCAAGCCGAUUUGUCGUCCUCUCUUCAUGGACGAGAUCAAGCCAGGUAAGGCUUCCCUCAGCAAUUGAAAGAGGCGGAUCCCUUUCUAAGUGAUCACAUAAAACUAUCUCUGAUUUGAUUAGAAACUUGCGUUUCGCUCGUCUCUAAGCCAUCCGAACACCCUCUUCUACGCCCCCAUUACCAACCAUCAAAACAGGUCCUGUCGGAAACAAUCCGUACGCGACCACUAUCCUUGUUAUCAAGUGUAACGACAAGGUCAUGGACAGCCUACAUUCAGAUCAACGUCUCCUAUUUCAUUUAGGUCACAUGUAAAAGGGUUAUAGAAGGUCUGUUAACAGACCUAUUUUCUCUUUAAAGAUCUUCGAGCGCACCUUAUGAAAAUAGUAUAAUACCGCGUUUACGUCAUAAUGAAAACGUCCUCAUCAAGCCACGCAAACCUAGAACACGGUCUUGAUUUUUUAAUAUGGGACGAAGGGUAUUCGCCAUCAUGAUGUCGUUAGAAGUCUGAGGAGCGGUUGAUCGCAUUAUUUUCUAGGUAACCUUCAUCUUUCGUUUACUAUGAGGACUUGAAUUAUUCUUGUACCUUGGCAAGAUCCCAUAUAUUUUCGUAAACUGCUAUUUUCGUCACACUGUCCGCGACAACGCGCGUCCUGCAUUAUUGACAAACUGUUCCUUCUUCCAUACUAUACUUACAUUUUACUUUGUUCUACAGGAGAGUUCAACAAUGAUCCUUAUGCUGAUGAUGACCAUCUAUGGGGAUUCGGUGGUUACACCUCAAAUCGUCUGGACGAUCAGUUUUUUCUUGGCAAGGACAUGUUAGUGGCACCAAUAGUCAAUCCAGGUAUCAUUCUGGACUCUUUAACCAGUUUUUGACAGGUAUAUGCUGUAGUUUCCAAAACAAAAGGAGUUAAAGGGGGCCUUAAUUUAUUAUUCGCUUAUUAAUCUCUUGGGAUAAAUUUAUUUUAUCCUAAAUGUCAAAGCCAUAUUCCGUUAACCUAGGAUCUACGCUAAAUUUAUUUAACAAUAGCACCUCAUAAACAACAGAAACGCUUUCGUUCUUACCGAGAUCAAAGAUUUCUUGAGACAGGGCGCCAAAAAUCAAAAUCUCUUGUUGAAAACCGUAAGAACUCCGGAAGAAACGCACUACUCAAAAAUUUGUUAGUUUAGAAGUUCUAUUUCCCCUGAUAACUUGAUCAGUUUUAUGUAUGUGCCAUUUGAGACAGUGCCGGAUCCAGACCUUGAGAUCAUCCAGACCCUUAGAUAAGAGAGGGUCUGGGCUCCCCCCCAAAUUUUUUUGGCCCUUCGGGCCUCCGUUUGGUCUCAAGAUAAGAAGUGAGGGUGGGGGGGCUCCCCUGGAUCCGCCGCUGUGAGUGAGAAAUCUACAGGAAGGUCAGGAGCUUUAGUGUCCGCGAGGACGAUUGCAGCUGCUAAGGGUCUGGGGCCUUACAUCGUGCUCACUGAUUUUUCCUCUUUUAAGGUCAAACAAAUCGAGCCGUGUACCUCCCUGCUGGGAGCCAGUGGUACCGUUUCACAAACGACAAGUCGCCACUUGGAGCUCCCGUAGAUGGAGGGGUAGAGUUUGACUUCUAUGCCCCUUGGAAUGACAAAAGCAGAGACAACUGCGCUAUAUACAUCCGUGAAGGCGCGAUUAUUCCCAAGAGGGAACUGGAACAAUACAUCGGGGAGCUGCACUCUCAGGGAAAGAUGAACCCCAUUACAUUUAGCAUCUACCCAGGCAGGAACAGCAGCUACAAACUCUAUCUUGAUGACGAUGGUGUCAGUAACAAAGCAGAGACAUCUGGAGAAUACCGUUUGACCCAGAUUACACAUGAAGGUUAGAUGAAGUGUAUUUUGCAGUUUAGUUGAAUUCUCGGUUUAAGUUUUACUUUCCAUUGUUUACAUUAAUAAUCAUCAGUAAUGGUUCUUACUAUAAAUUGAUUAUCUGCCUCUGCCUUUUUAAUGCUAUAACGUUUUUUGGAGAAACAAAUUUGACGUUUUUGAAAGAACUUUUUCUAAUUUAGCUUUGAGGUUGCAAAGGAAUAUGAUAAAGAGACUGUAAAUUCUCGAAGAGCCAAAUGAACGAAACUCAUGGUUUCCAAAACGUACCCAUAAUACCUUGCGGCCCUGAUGAAAAAUUAUCAGAUACGACUAAACGCGCCUAGUUUGUUCAAAUCGAGAUGGUUUGGACUUACUUUACCAAUUUUCGGUUCAUCUUUUCGUUAAUUCUAAAAAUGGUAUACUCGCUGUGACAACUAUUGUGCAUCUUCGAAAUGAAAAGGAAAAUAAAGUUUGAACCAAGGAUAGAAUUGAACCACAACAUGUACACCUGAUUUUUUUUUUCUUAGACUCCUAAAUAAUUCAAAUUUCUAAAUCAAUGGUAAAAUAUCAAACUAGUUGCGAGGUUAGGGAACUUAAGAACCACGACGAAGUUCACGACGACAACGUCUGUUGACUGGGAAAAGACUGGAACGAGAACGUGAAAAGUGCGAAGAGGUUUAAUAACUUGUAAAUUAAAUACUUAAACUCUAGCUUACCAAAAAUGUAUUAGUAUGUGUAAUCAAAUGGUGACGAGUGAAAUUAGGGAAUAAUUUCACGCGCGUUUUGUCCAAAUCCUUAUAAUCAUUAGCAUUUGGACAAAACGCAAGUGAAAUUAUUCCCUAAUUUCACUAGUAUACCAUUUGAUUACCUAUUAAUAUCAUGGGUGACGAAUUACGAUAGCAAUCUUGGAUUUUUGACAUGUUUAUCCUGGAUCGUAUCGAUCGACAACUCCUGCACUCUCUCGAACGUUUAGAGCUUAAAUUUGGCUUAAGUUCAGAGUUUUUCGACAAAAUACCUGUAAGAAUCCUUCUUGAUGUGCUCUUUCGUUUGUUCAGGUUUUCUAAAGCGUCUUUUUGUGCCCUGACAUCUUCAUUCAUGACAUUUUAAAACUUCGUCGCCAUCUUGACACUGAGACGUACGGAAGCUUGCCAUGGCAAUUUUGUAAUUUCACAUGUGAAAUUACAAAUUAACGCUGAAAUUUCGCGCCAAAAUUAAGGAGUAAUUCGUCACCUAUGAUAUUAAUAAUGUAAUGGCCCUUAGACAUGUUUUCGUCAGACGAGCAAAUUUCACCAAGCCUCGUUUUGAAAUUGUAAAGUUGCAAAGUUUUCAAUAUAUGAAUUCCCAAAGGCAGUAGAGUUGAAAAGAAUACCAACCCACAAAAAGUGCAAGGCUUGGUGGUAAGAAUUUGCUUGUCUGACGUAAUCACGCAUAAGGCCUAUUGUAAACUAAAGGGAGUUUUUACCCACUUGGCCAGCAUCUAUGCAAAUUUAUUAGAACCAGGAGCACAUGAACUCCUGAUUGGAACAAAAGGAAACGUGUACAUAAGAAAAGAGUUCACAUCGCACAACAUUGCUUGGUAGAUACACCAACUUACAUAUACGGCCGCUGUUUCAUUUCAUUGAUAUGGUCAUGACUGUGACUGAAUCUUUUUUGAACUCCUUCCUUGAGUAAAUGGCAUCAUGAGGUUGUCUAAACUUCAGGAAAUUAUAUCGUUAGUUUUUAGCUGUUUUUUUUUUUUUUCAUUUUAGAUUGAUUAUUAAUUAGUUUUGUGCAUGUUAAAUUAUUAUUCUGUUUGUUAUGUGCAUAGAAAGUGAAUACAUAUAAAUUUUCGGAUGUUAUUUGAUCCACACUAGGGAUUUCUGACGGUCAACGGAUCCGCAUCAAGCGUCUGUACGACAAAUUCACACCACCUGAGACGUUCUACUACUUGAGCAUGCCGGGAACUCUCAGCCCAAAACUCGUCAAAGCUGCUGGUACUUCACUGAAGCAGAAGACUGGGGCAACAGACAGCGAGGCUGCAAAUGUUCUCCAAAAUUCCCAGGAUACACCAGGAGCGUAUUACUACAACAGUUUCCUGAAGACAACCUUCAUCAAGAUCUUCGAUACUUCCAAAGAUAUCACUGUCGAAGUUACCUUUUAAGAUGAAGACAAGAAAAGAAAAUAGAAAUGGUUCAAAAGCUUAGCAAACGAGGAUUCCUAAAAAUCUUAACAUUUAACAAGGAGUAUAUGACUAGUUUUAACUUAUAGUAUAUAACUAGAUUGUACUUAAUGAGAACCUCAAUAUGCCAAAAGGGCAGGGUCAAGAAGCAAUGGUCAUAGUAGACAUAAAAUUGGGUUCGUUUAACACUACUGAUAUUUUAGGGGUUUUCUCUCGUGAUCUGCAAAAGUAUACACUCUGUGAAAGAUACCGAGAGCAAAUAAAAUCACUUUGUAAUGAGCUAAGAAAAUACUGCAAAAGCGCUGCCUAUUAUGGAGGCCAGGGUAAGGAGACGAAAAUUAAAACAAUGAACGUAACUGGAGACAAAGAAAAAAAAAAACUUAGAAUAUUACAUACUUCAGCAAGUAACUCCAGUUAUUUAGCUUAAAUUUCUAAUUUUAAACGACCCUCCAAAGCAGUAUAGUGACUCAGUUAAGCUACUUGACUUUGGCAGACGUAAAGGUUCAUCAACAUGAUGAUGGGCAUUUUAUAGUUACUGAAAAUGUAACUCUUUAUGAUCUUUUAGUUCGAAAUAAAUAAUCUGUUUGGUAGUGGUAUCUGUGCAUUUUUCCCUGGUUGCACUUGAUAAAAUAUGGUAGAUGGUUGAGAGCAAAAGUUGGUUGAAUAAACGUUUGCUUCACGUGACAGAGACGUAACUUUAGAGAUACAGUCAAACCUGCAAUUAAGCAGACCUGUGUUAAGCGGUUAACUCUAUUAAGCGGUCGGAGUCCGUUUGAAAACGCUGGAAAUAAACUCCAAAUUGAUUUUACCUUCGUUCUUUCUUUGUUUCUUUUUCUUAAAUAAAGUUAGGAGCAAAUAUCAAACAAUACGAAGUCCAAUUUGCUGAAGAACUAAUUCAAACAUGCUUUCCUGAUAGGAAAGGUUGCUGAGAUGGCGUCAGUAUAGAAGCGGCAUCGUGCUGUUCCAUACUCAGAGCAAAAAAACUUGCUCUAUAGCAAUUGACAAUAAAUGGC